AUGCACAUGGCGAAAGCUUUCCCAUUAGGCAAAUGGACAGUCGUCCCUUUCGUCGAGGGUCAGCAACGCUCAGGAGAAGAUUGGUCAGUUGCUAAAUUUCAGCGGUCGCAACGAGUGCGAUACCUUAUCCGCACAGCCCAGCUCAACAGAAUCGGAGACACAGACGUGAAUAUUGCAAUAUGUGAAGUGGUUACUAAAUCGAGAUUACUGCUGUCCCAUCCUGAGCUUGCAGAUCCGCGGGCGGGUAAUACAAUACAUGAUAUAGCUGCAACCAGAGGCGACGACGGUGCGGCUCGACUGGUGGGAGGAACUCUGCGAUGGGACAUCAUAGCUUACUCCAAGCCCCUAGCAAGCGAGUCUUAUGCCCAUUUGCCCGAGACGAUAUUAUUCGCCACUAUAGGAGUGUCUCAGAGCUUCACAAAAAGAUACUUCUUUCGCACAGAUCUAAAAGCCAUUUAUGGCACGCGUCAGGGGGACAGCUUCUUGUUCCCACUUUACGCCGCUUUGCACCAGUGGGGCAUUGCAGCGAGGCUGGUCAAUGUCUGGAGGCCGAUCACCACUCGAACCCUCGACCAGCGAAGAGCAGCGAAAGUCAUAGCUACGUGGACCAGCCAUUGUGCAUUGUAUCUGGAAGAUGGCCGAGACCAAAGCCGAGCUCAAUUGCAUAUGCAAGCAGCAUGUUUGACACACGUCAGCGAGGAGGGUACCGCGGAACACAACCACACUGAAGCGGACAUACCUCAAACCAGUAUCGGAAGCCUACCCGAAGAGAUUUUGCUCCUCGUAAUUGAGUACGCUGUACAGGACAGAGCCGCCCCUGUGGAGUAUACACGCUACAAUGAGCGGCCAGGAAAACGAUACGAGGGGAAGCAGCCGUGGCUUGCCGACAUUCAAAAUAUGGGCAUUCCGCUUGUGAACCGGCAGUGGAAUCGUAUCUUCAACGGUCUUGUAGACGAUCUGACGGUGACUGUCUCCAUGAGUGAUUGGCGCGACAGCCCAUGGACUACCACACCACUGAUGGUUGUUCAUCCCAAGAGCUACGUGGCAUUACAAUGCGCGAGGCGCAUCACUCUUGAUUGCUCCAUUCUACCGCUGUUCGCGGCAUACCCCUUGCCCACACAGCUAGCGGAUAUCUUGCGAUCAAGGGAGUGCCUUCCCGAAAUGCGUUUCUCGGCGCCACGAGGCCCUGACACUUUUUUACCUUAUUUUCCAGACUAUCUGCCGUUCGCAUCCCGCACAGCUUAUCUACGAGACCUUUUGGAACCGAUUGCAGCCGUGUACGCAGCGAGGCACAUGACAUUCGCCGUGCGCGUGCCUGACUGGGGGAAUGCGGUACAGUGUGUGCGCGCUAGUCCUGGUCCGCUGCGUGAGGGAGAAUGGCCGUUAUUGUUGUGGGCUGCGUACAGUGGGAGCCGUGCGGUAGCUUCGCUUGCACUGCGCGCGCAGGACCAAACGCUGGAAGAAGUGCUGAACUGGAGGAACAUGUCGGGUGAGACUCCUCUCUAUAUGGCUGCGAUGCAAGGAAACCUCGAUGUCGCUCGGCUCUUACUAUCUUUUGAGGAGACUUUCAUCGACUGCAUGACUUCGGACGGGCGCAACCCCCUGCUUUGUGCGGCUGCAUCAGGCCACACUGCGCUCGUUGAGGAACUUCUCUUGUGCAUUUCUGACCGUUACCCCGGGCAAGAGAAAGCACAGAUACUGGACGCAAGGGAGGAAUGUGGCGGUACCACACCGCUUAUCGCUGCUGCAAUUCAGGGUCAUGAUGGCGUCGUGGCAGCGCUUCUUCAGGCUGGGGUGGACAGUGAUGCCAUUGACUACCGUGGUUACACGGCGCUUCGCGCCGCGCAAGCCUCAAAUCUUUCCCAAUCAUGCCAAGUCAGCACAAGAAGUCUCUCGUUUGGGGAGACUAAGCUGGGUAGCACAUGCACCGGUCCGACGGGCAUACUCCUAGAGGAGCCCUAA